AUGGCGUUCACGAUGCACUCCCACUCGGGGCAGUUCUGCCCCGGCCACGCAAAGGACCAGCUCGAGGCCAUUAUCCAGCACGCCAUCAGUAUAGGCUACAAGACGAUGGGUUUGACGGAGCACAUGCCCCGCCUCGAGAUUUCGGAUCUUUACCCGGAAGAGCUUGAAGAAGGCGACGCGGAAAAGUCGCUCUCCGUCCUCGCACCCCGCCACGAGGCCUACCUCCUCGAAGCCCAGCGCCUGCGCGAGAAGUACGCCUCCCAGAUUGACCUACUCAUCGGCUUCGAAGGCGAGUGGUACCGCCCUUCCUACGGACCGUUCAUCAAGUCCCUCGCGGCACACCCGGCGGUGGACUACUUUAUCGGCUCCCUGCACCACGUCAACGCCGUGCCCAUCGACUACUCCCGGGAGAUGUACAUUGACGCCAUGAACUCCGCCGGGGGCAACGAGGAAAAGAUGUACGAGAGGUACUACGACCAGCAGCACGAGAUGCUCACGGCGCUGGAGCCCAAGGUCGUGGGGCACUUUGACCUGGUGAGACUGAUGAGCGAGGACGCCGGCCGGGACGUCAGGCAGUGGAAGGGCGUCUGGGAGAGAAUCGUUCGGAAUUUGGAGGUUGUGAGGCGGUACGGCGGAUUGCUCGAGUGUAACAGCAGCGCUUUGAGGAAGGGCCUCGCGGAACCUUAUCCCUGUCGGAUUAUUGCCGAGGCAUGGCUUGAGAUGGGAGGAAGGUUCACGUUUUCGGACGACAGCCACGGCAUCGCUCAGGUCGCGACCAACUACAAGCGUAACCUGGACUACCUCGAGAGCCUGGGUGUCAAGGAGGUUUUCACCUUUGAGAGGGGUCCCGUGGAGGGCGUCAACGGGGAUGCGAAGUCGGUGUUGCGAGAGAAGGCUGUGGCGUUGGGAGUGUUUCGUGAGAGUUUUUAG